CACGAUUGGCAGUCUGCCGUGCCGGAUACUUCUCUCUUCCCGCCGCCGCCUCUGAUAUUCAGUGGCUAUGACAGGUCGCCAGCCAACAACGCGACCGAGGAAGAGGCAGAGGCCGGCGAGGCGUGGUGCCGGCAGUUUCCUCUCGUCCCGCCCAUGGUUCUCGACGAGCCAGGCAGGGCGGCUCUCCAGUCCAACAACAUCCGGCUCAUGGAGCCAGCGGGCUUCAACGGAACCCUCAAGUGGCUUGGGCCUGGUCAUUGGGAGGGCCAGACGGCCAAGAACAGCCCCGAUCGAUGCAUCAUCGGCUACCCUCCUCUCUACGUGGUCCGCGAGCACGACCCGACGGUGUCGAACCAGCCAAAGACCAUCUACUACGAGGUCAAGAUUCGCCGCGACAGCCGCACCAUCAAUCUGGCCUUGGGCUUCACGGCCCUUCCCUAUCCGUCAUUCCGCCUUCCAGGAUGGCAUCGCGGUAGCCUGGGUGUCCAUGGAGACGACGGUCACAAGUACAUCAACGACCGAUGGGGAGGCAAAGACUUUACCGACGAGUACCGCAAGGGCGAGACGUACGGCAUUGGCAUGACCUUUGCCCCAACGGGCUCGCACAAGCCUCGCGUCGACAUUUUCUUCACGAGGAACGGCAGGCGGGUUGGCGGCUGGCAUCUCCACGAGGAGACGGACGCCGAGCAAGAUUUGCCCGUGACGGGCCUGGAGGGCUUUCACGACUUGAGCUGCGCCAUUGGCACGUUUGACGCGACGAGCUUUGAGGUGGUGUUUGACCCGGCCAAGUGGCUGUAC